AUGUCUCACAAUACCAACACCAACGCCAGCACCAAUGCCAACGCCAAAACCAACAACCCCCCAGUCGACCCAGCUGGUCCCCCUUCUGGUGGAACUACCAACCCCAGCCAGGCCGGCGCCAACACCCGUCAACCUGUCAGUUGGAAUGACCCGACAGCAGGGCCUUACCAGCGCUAUGGGGGGAUGGACUGGCCGAAUCUAUCCCACCCCCACACACCACAUGCCAUGCCGCAGUACCCUCCUCCAGGAUAUCUCACUCAAUAUGCACCGAACCCUUACCCACCCACCUCUGGCCCGAACGAUGCCCCGCAUGGACCAUACCACCCUCCGCCCCCCAUUGCUGGCCCAUCUCGCCAACCCGCGAUCGACCCAGCUCUCUUACCCCUCCCUGAGGAUGACGAUGACGACUUUCCACCCGCUCACAAGCUGCUCCCAAAGAUUGCAAAACCUGCCUCAAAGGUGGCCGGCAGCCGCCGCCCUGCUCCCUCAAAGGGCAAGGGUAAACAGAAAGCCGACACCCCAGCGACUGUCAGCAAGCGGAAGGCAGCUGGUCAUGCUGACAACGAACCGGCUGCCAAACGUGUUAAACGUGGUGGCCGUAUUGCUGGGGCUGUCAACUACAAUGACGAUGACAUCGACCAAUUGCUUGACCUUCUUGAAGACCACCUCCCCACCGGUGGAUAUGGGUGGAACACCGUUGGCGCUGCGUACAAUGAGUGGGCAAACAGCUGUGGACGGCCCGAGAGGACGGUUAAGUCCUUAGAGCUGAAAUACAAACAGUAUGUUCGUGCCACAAAGCCAACAGGAGAUGCAGAAUGCCCACCCUACGUCGAGCGCUCUCAUUACAUUGAGAGUCUCAUCAACAGCAAGGCCGAGACGCGAGAUUUGGAUGACUCGGAGAUUGUCGAUGUUGUCGAACUCAGUUCUGGAUCUGAGGACGAGGAUGAGGACCACGAGACCGACAAAGAAGAUGCCGACCCACCGCGCAAGGACUCUACCAACACCCAACGGCAGCGUGCAACCAAGUCGAAGAUCAAGAAGGACACUGAAGAGCGUGGGCCCAUGGCUCGCCGCCCCCCAGCUGACAAGAUUCUUCAGCCUCGUGCUCGGAAUUCAUCCCGGAACGAUGCACAGCAGCUACUGUCCUCAAUCUCUACUGCUCUUGAUCCCGCAACUCAGGCUGCCCGCGACGAGGAUCGGGCUUCGCGUUCAUUGCACACGACUCAGCUGCUCACAAUGGGCCAACAACUCCGCGAUGCACAUGCCACAAUUGAAAGCCUACGCACCCAGCUCCAGCAGGCCGAACGAGCAAGAUAUGAAGCGGAACGUCAGGCGGAUCGUAUCGAGAUGAUGUCCCUCUUUCGCCGCAGUAACGACAAUGCAGAUCGUGAUCGCCAUCCCUACCAAGCUGCUACCCGCCAGUUCACUCGACACGAGCUUGAAAGCCCAUCAGCUUCUCGUCGCCGUCGAGAGCACCAUCUCCUCAGGACUCCACAUCGCACCUCUCGCCGCUCGCCACACUUCAGCAAUCGUCGUGAUACACCCUGGUAUACUAGUCCCAGCCAUCGUGUUCGCCUUGAAACUCUUUAUCCUGAUGGUGGGCGUCAUGUCACUUGGGCCGGGGGGAGUGAUGAUGAUGACCCCACAGAUCCCCUCACCACACUUUAUCGCAACACUUCCCCUGCUGUUCGGUUUACCAUUGACAACACCCCAACCCGUGCUCCUCGGGCCCCUCCUUCUGAUGAAGAGGGUCUUCCUCGUGAUGACACCAACACUGAUGCUUAG